GCCGCGCCCCGAUUCCUGCUUGAGCUCCCCGUCAGUCCCCGGGAAGCCGGCGCCGAGCCUGCCCGUUCCCCACCACCACCACCCCGGAGCCGGGGCUCCGGAUGCCGCCUCGCGUCCCCAGCCUCCAGGUGGCCAGACCCGACCCCCACCCAGGACUCCAGCCAUGUGGGUCCCCAGCAGAAAGCACCUCUGCCUGGCCUUCCUGAUUGUUUGCCUCCUGUCGGCCAUGUCCUUCCUCCACCUGCACCAAGAUGUGCUUCAGAACGCUCUCCACUUGUCUCUGCUGUGUCCAGACCGCAGCCUGACAUCUCCGGUGGCCAUUGUGUGCAUGCCCAGAUCACCCGGGAUAGCCAACAGCUCAUCUCCCAGUUCCCAGCACCUUCAGCCUCUCUCUGGCACUUGGACCAUUUACCCUGAUGGCCGGUUUGGGAACCAGAUGGGGCAGUACGCCACCCUGCUGGCCCUGGCUCAGCUCAAUGGGCGCCAGCCCUUCAUCCUGCCUGCCAUGCAUGCCACACUGGCCCCCGUGUUCCGCAUCACCCUGCCCGUGUUGGCCACUGAGGUGGAGAGCCGCACCCCUUGGCAGAACCUGCAGGUCCAUGACUGGAUGUCAGAGGAAUACACCCACUUGAGUGAACCCUUUCUGAAGCUGUCUGGCUUUCCCUGCUCUUGGACUUUUUUCCACCACGUGCGGGAACAGAUCCGCAGGGAGUUCACCCUGCACGACCACCUUCGUGAAGAGGCUCAGUGGGUCUUGAGACAGUUCCGUCUGGGCCCCGACAGUCGCCACCCUCGGACUUUCGUGGGUGUCCACGUGCGCCGAGGGGACUACCUAGAGGUGAUGCCUCAUCGCUGGAAGGGUGUGGUGGGUGACCAGACUUACCUCCAGCAGGCCAUGGAUUGGUUCCGGGCACAGCACGAAGACCCCAUCUUUGUGAUCACCAGCAAUGGUAUGGAGUGGUGCCAGAAAAACCUCGACACCUCCCAGGGUGAUGUGGUCUUUGCCGGUAAUGGGCUGGAGAGCAACCCGGCGUGGGACUUCGCCCUGCUCCUCCAGUGCAACCACACCAUCAUGACCAUUGGCACGUUCGGCUUCUGGGCUGCCUACCUGGUAGGUGGGGACACUGUCUACCUGGCUAACUUCACCCUGCCCGACUCUGAUUUUCUAAAGAUCUUCAAACCAGAAGCUGCCUUCCUGCCCGAAUGGGUGGGCAUUAAUGCUGACCUGUCCCCCCUGAGGACGCGUUUCCAGGAAGCUUUCUGA